CAGCCCGGAGGAGGCGUCCGGGGUCCAGCGGGCAGGAGGCGGCGGCGGCGGCAGUGGCGGCGGCGGCGGCGGCGGAGCUGCGGGCUCCCUCCAGCCGCCAAGAUGAACGGCCUGUCUUUCGAUGAGACGGCCUUGGAUCCCUCCCUGACGCUGAGCGAGUCCAGUGACAUCGACUCGGCUCUGCUCAGUGACAUCGAAGAUAUGCUUCAGCUGAUCAACAACCAGGACAGUGACUUCCCCAGUAUCUUUGAUUCCAACUAUGGCGGGGCUACACCUGCCUUCCAGGAUGUCAGCUCUUCUGCAAGCUUGUCUCCACCCCCCAGCUCUCUCAGCUCUACCCUUGACAACUUCUUGGGGAGCACCAAGGUGCCUACCCACAUAAAGAUGUACCAGCCCCCUCCUCCUCCUCCUCCUCCUGCAAUGACCAGCUUCCAGCCUCCCCCACUGAUAACAGGGCCUGAGCUCAGCCAAGCCUCAUCUGGCAUCAAGGAGGAGCCCAUGCAGCUCUCCAUCCUUCAGCCUUCUCCCCCUCAGCUGCUGUCCCAGCCUGUGCUAGCUCCCCCGGCUCCCCCAUCCCAGCCCCAGCUGCAGUCUCAGCAGCCAUCCCAACCCCAACCCCAACCCCAACCCCAGCCUCAGCCCCAGCCUCAGCCACAGUCUCAGCUGCAGCCUCAGCAGGUGCAGCCGCCACAGGUGCAGCCGCCACAGCCACAGCCACAGGAAUUACAGCCACCAGGAGUCAUGGUGCCCCAGAGUUUUGCUCCUUCUUCCCAGCCUCAAUUUACUUCUCCAUCUCUACUAGACUACCAGGGCCAGGGCAACUUCCCAGCAGCUGUUCCUCCCGGCAAUGUUCAGCAGCCCCUGUCUCCUCAAGGGUCGUUGCCAGUUACCAUCCAAACGCAGGUGCAGAAUAUCUGCCCACAGCAGUUGCUGACUGCGCCCGCCCAGGUUGUCUCCUCCCAGAUCCAGCAGGUCCCGGUCCUGCUCCAGCCUCACUUCAUCAAGGCUGAUUCCCUGGUCCUGACAACUGUAAAGGCUGAUGUGGGCACAGGAGUGAAGACCUCGGGGAUCAACUCUUUGGCCACCACCACAGCAGUGCAGUCAGCCCCCCUUCAGGUCCCGACCCUGGUGAGUGGAGGCACCAUUUUAGCCACUGUGCCCCUGGUGGUAGAUGCUGACAAGCUGCCCAUCAAUCGCCUGGCUGCCACGGGCAAGACCCCCAGCUCCCAGAGCAAAGGGGAGAAGAGAACGGCUCACAAUGCUAUUGAGAAGCGCUAUCGAUCCUCCAUCAAUGACAAGAUUGUGGAACUCAAAGACCUGGUGGUGGGAACUGAGGCCAAGCUAAACAAAUCAGCCAUCCUGAGGAAAGCCAUUGACUACAUCCGAUUCCUGCAGCAGACCAAUCAGAAGCUAAAGCAAGAGAACUUGACUCUCAGGAUGGCUAUGCAGAAGAACAAAUCCCUGAAAGACCUGGUAUCGCCAUCAUGCAGUAGUGGGAACAUGGACAUCCCAAUGGAAGUCAUUAAGCCAGAGAUGGUGGAUGCGCUGACCCCGCCACCCUCCGAUGCUGGCUCUCCUUCCCACAGCAGCCCCCUGUCCUUGGGGAGUGGCGGCAGCGGCAACAGCAGCGACUCCGAGCCGGACAGCCCCAUGUUUGAAGACCCCAAGGUGAAGCAGGAGCAGCUCCCCUCUCCCAGCAGCCUGGGCAUGCUGGACCGAUCCCGUUUGGCCCUGUGUGCCUUUGUCUUCCUCUGCCUUUCCUGCAACCCGUUGGCCUCUCUUCUGGGCAGGAACAGUGGCCAGAGCCAGUCUGAUACCAGCACUACCUACCAUGUCCCUGGACGCAGCAUGCUGGGCACGGAGGGCAAAGGUAGUCCCAGCUGGUCUCAGUGGCUACUGCCUACUUUGUUUUUCUGGAUGCUUAAUCUGCUAGUGGUCCUGGCAGCCUUCAUCCGCCUCUUCAUCUAUGGGGAACCCAUCACCAGGCCCCAUUCGGGACCUUCUGUUUUGUUUUGGAGACAUCGCAAGCAGGCGGAUUUGGAUCUUGCACGGGGGGAUUUUGCUCAGGCUUCACAGAACCUGUGGCUGGCCCUCCGGGCCCUUGGCCGGCCUCUGCCCACCUCCCAUUUGGACUUGGCUUGCAGUCUGCUCUGGAAUCUCAUCCGCCACGUCCUUCAGCGCCUCUGGGUGGGACGCUGGCUGGCCGACCGGGCCGGGGGCCUCCUGCGCGAUCGGGAGCUGCAGGCGGAUGUCAGAGCCAGCUCCAGGGAUGCAGCCCUUGUCUACCACAAGUUACACCAGCUGCAUAUGACAGGGAAGUACACCAGCGGCCACCUCGCUGCCAUCAACCUGGCACUGAGUGCCCUCAACUUGGCUGAGUGCGCUGGCAGCGCCAUCUCCGUGGCAACCUUAGCUGAGAUCUAUGUGGCUGUUGCGCUCCGGGUCAAGACAAGUUUUCCUCGGGCCCUCCAUUUCCUGACGCGCUUCUUCCUGAGCAGUGCCCGCCAGGUGUGCCUCGCCCAGAGCGGCACCAUGCCCCCUGCCAUGCAGUGGCUUUGCCAUCCUGUGGGGCAUCGCUUCUUUGUGGAUGGAGACUGGGCAGUGAGGAGCACCCCUAGGGAGAGCCUCUAUAGCUCUACAGGGAACCCAGUGGAUCCCCUGGCCCAGGUGACACAGCUGUUUCGGGAGCAUCUGUUGGAGAAAGCCCUGGGCUGUGUGGCCAAGCCUGAAGAGACCCUGGCGUCGGCUGAUGGGGACAGAGAGUUCUCUGAUGCCCUUGGGUACCUGCAACUGCUAAAUGGCUGCUCAGACGCUGCUGGAGCCCCUGCUCUCAACUUCUCCAUCAGUUCGAGCAUGGUCACUGCCACCGGUACUGAUCUUGUGGCCAAGUGGUGGGCGUCCCUCAUUACGGUGGUGAUUCACUGGCUCCAGCGGGAUGACGAGGGGGCAGAGUCCCUCUACCCCAUGGUGGAGUACAUGCCCAAGGUUCUGCAGGCUUCGGAGAAGCCCCUGCCUCGGGCAGCCCUGCACUCCUUCAAGGCAGCAAGAGCACUUUUGGGGAAGCAAAAGCAGGAGCUUGGUCAGGCCAGCCUGAGCCAGUGUGAGAAGGCCAGCAGCUACCUUCGGGACAGCCUGACCACGGGGCCCUCCGCAGCCACUGCCGGUGCUUCUAUUGACAAGGCCGUGCAGCUCCUCCUGUGUGACCUGCUCCUGGUGACGCGCACCAGCCUGUGGCAGCAGCAGGUGGGCACCACCCAGCCCCCCGGCUCUGCCCACCAGGCCUCAGCCCUGGAACUCCGCGGCUUCCAGCAGGACCUCAGCAGCCUCCGGCGUCUGGCGCAGUCCUUCCGGCCUGCCAUGAGAAGGGUCUUCUUGCACGAAGCUACCGCCCGGCUGAUGGCUGGAGCCAGCCCCACUCGGACUCACCAACUCCUGGACCGGAGCCUGAGGAGAAGGGUGUCCCCGAGCAGCAAAGGAUCAGGCGAGCUGGACACCCGGCCCACUCAGAGGGAGCACGCGGAGGCCCUGCUGCUUGCCUGCUGUUACCUGCCCCCCACCUUCCUGUCGGCCCCGGGCCAGCGCGUGGGGAUGUUGGCUGAGGCCGCCCGCACCUUGGAGAAGCUGGGGGACAAGAGGAUGCUGCAUGACUGCCAACAGAUGAUCAUCAGGCUGGGCAGCGGUACCACUGUUACCUCGGGGUAGCCGGGCCGCCCGGGCCUCUCCGCCUCUCCAGAAUCCCAGCCAGACGACCCUGUCCCAGACCCACCCCGCCCCCGAAACUUCCGACCACCCAGGGCCAGCCCGGGGCCUCUCUGCUUGCCGGGGUCCCAGUCAGGCCAGAACCUUAGAACCUCGUCAUGGCAACGUCCCCAAGGCCCCCGGGUCACAGGGCUCCAGAGACACGCAGGAUAUGGACAGAGGUGGGCAAGGUGACCCAGAACCUACCCCCCCACUGGCCUGAGACCAGAGGAGCCAGCACAGGGCUAGACCCUUUUUCAUUCAAAACCCUCUCUUCCCCACUGUAACCUUGAGAAGCCAUGCAGCGUGAUGGGGAAAAGCGAAACACAAAGUCAGGACCGGGGGUUCUGUCCCUUGGAGCCCCCGUUUUCUCAUCUGGGUCACCUUCCUAGCUCUCCGAUCCCAUCAGAGCAAACAGGUCCCGGCCACGCCGGUGGCUGCUCGAGGGGGCGGCGUGUGUGCGUUUUGUUUGGGUGGGUUACCCCUCCAUGGGGGAGGCUGAAGCAAUAGCCUUCCCUUCUCCCCUCCCUCCCACCUAAUCAUUGUGUAAUUUGAUGCCCGUAAUUUAUUGUGUUUAAUGGGCCAAGGCUAAUGAGAACUUUGCAGUCAGCCCUCAGAUAGGGAGCCAGGAAGGGGUGCAGGUGACUGGAGGGGCCCCAGGUGAAAGGGGGGGGACGCAUUUCCCCAAAGGAUCAUGGGUCGGCCUCCCCACAAUUCCAUCAUGGCAGGUUGCAAAUUGCUGGGUGAGAUGCUACUGACCUCUGGUGGUCCCUUGGGAGAUUGCAGGGGGCUGUGCGCCUACCGGCUGCGGCAGAGCCUCCAUUCGGUCCUCCUCCCAGCUGGGGGCCGCUGGUCUCCGAGCCAGGAAGACGAGCUCAAGUCCCCCUAGAUACUGACUCAGUGUUGCAGGCAGUUUUCCAAGGCCUCUGCGAGCUUCCUUUAUUGGUGAAGUCACAGGUGCCACUGCAAAUGGCCGCUUGGUCUCAAUGGAACCAAAUAGUGCACUCUGUACCUUCCGCGGCUUUCUGUUCCCGAAUGGGCUGCUUUUGAGGAAGGGGAAGUCCUGGGGCUGACGGUUCGCCCCCGGGAGCGGCGGAGGCUCGAAGGAAAGGCCUUCGUGUUCAGAGAGCUGCUGGGUAUUCUCUCACAUGCCAAAAUAACGCCGGGCCGGGCCCUCUCUGCUUCUGACUCCUUUCCAGCCCCUCCUGGUCCCUCCUGCCUCAAGCGCGGCUUCGGCCCUGCCCUCCCCCUCCCGCCUCGGGCUCUCUGCUGCAAGCGGACUCCCCUCCCUGCCCCUCCCUGCCACCGGGGGCUUGGGCCGCUGGGCCACAGGAGACCUUCGCCUCCGAAGUUCACUGGCCUUUUUGGGAGGGGGGAUGGGCCCACACUCCGGGAAAAAGAGGGAGCAGGGGCUCUGUGGCUGACCCUUGUACAUAUGUAUAUAUCGUCACUACAUCUCCUUGCCACUGCACUAGCCUCCCCAAAGUCCCGGGAGACACCUGUACUACUUUUUUCCUUCGCAAACUUUUAUUUUCAUAGUGUGAGAAGAGUUUUGUACAGAAAAUUAAAAGGAGAAAUUAUUUAUAAAA